CACAAAGAGGAAAAAAAAAUAGUAAUAAAAACAACGAUUUAUGGUUAUGAAAUUCGGGUUUUUUUUUUGUUGUGUUGUUUGAUAAACAAAAGGAUAACCAGUCAUAUCGUUAGACUAAACGUUAUAAGGGUAUUAAAGAAAGAAAACAACAACAAGAACUAAAAAAAAAUGGUCUAAAUAAUCCUUUGGAUUACCAAAAAAAAAUAAUAACACAAAAACCGGAUAUAGGACCUUUUAACAAGGCACAAAAAAAAUAGAGAAAGAAAAAAAAAUAAUAAAUAAAUAAACGAUUAUGAAUCAUUCCCAUUCAAUUGAAACCGUUUUAUGUCCUUGUUUCAUCAUCAUCGGAUAUUUGGCUAUUUUAAUCGAGUUUUAUGCAUAGCUUUCGGUCGGUUAGGUACAUAUUUUAUUUAAUGAGUGUAUAGUGUCCUUUUUUUUGUCUAAUAUUUUUUAUAAAAAUAAAAAAUAUCCUUGCAAUGUGUGCGUGUGUGAAAUAAAGGAUGUGAAGUGAUACAAAAAUAAAAUAUUCAACAAAAAAAGUGAGAAAGAAAAAAAAUAAAUUUCUAAAUUGAGAAAAAGGCAAAGAAAAAUAUGUGCAAACAAAAUGAAAGGAUAAUCAGAAAAAAAUAUCCUUAUUCUAAUGAAUUCUAUCUUCACAUAUCAUCAUCGUCUAAGUUCAAAACACAAACGGAUAAUAAAUUCUCCUCAGCUAGUCACCAUUAUCAGCAUCAUUCCAGCCGAAGCAGCAACCACUACCAAUCAAGAGAAUCGGCUCCUCGGCCACAUCAUCAGCAGGACUCGUCGUCGUCGUCCUUUUCCUCCGGAUCAUCAUCAUCGUCUUCAUCAUCAUUCCACUAUCACAGCACAUAUCAUAAAAUUAUGGGCUGUGACCACUGGCAUAUCAUCCACUUGAUUAUCCUUUUAAUUGAUUUGGCCAAUGGGAUUACAAUGACCGAGUUGAAAAUACCAAAUCACAUUAUGCGUUUUAAGACAGCAGUCCUUGGAUGUCGAUACAGUUUGGAUGGCGAAUCAUUGUAUUCGGUGAAAUGGUACAAGGACGGGUAUGAAUUCUAUCGAUAUUUGCCGAGGGAUUCACCACCAGGACAGGCGUUUCCAUUACCCGGUGUGAAUAUUGAUCUCCGCAAUUCUUCCGAUACAAUUGUGACACUUCGACGAGUAACACUUUCAUCAACUGGCCUUUACAGAUGUGAAGUUUCAGGAGAAGCGCCGGCAUUCAAUACAGUUUCUGAAUCAGAAAAGAUGACUGUUGUCAUGACUCCAAAUCAUGGCCCUAAAAUUACAGGUGGACAACCUCGAUAUCAAAUUGGCGAUGUGGUGCGGGUAAAUUGUACAUCGGCACCAUCGAAACCCGUUUGCCAUUUAAGUUGGCUUAUAAAUGGUGAACCUGCCAAUCAAUCACAUCUCAAAAAAUACGAUAAUAUUGUUGUGGGAAGAGAAGGUCUUGAAGUUGCACGACUUGGUCUUGAAUUCAGGGUUAGAGGAUUCCAUUUUAAAAAUGGCGACAUGAAAUUGAAAUGUGUGGCUAAAAUUUCCUCACUCUAUUGGCAAAGUAAUGAAGAAAGUGUCGAAAGUGACAAACAACAAAGAGCUCCAGCGCUGGAGUCACGUGAAACAGUGGCAGCUAAAUCUCAAGUUCAUGGAUCAUCAGCUGCGACGAAAAGUUAUCAAAGUAUAAAUUGGAUAAGUACAAUAAUCUUAGCCCUCGCAUCAACAAAAUCCCUCCUUUCGACAUAUUAUAUCAAUUAUUUCAGGUAACUAUUGCCUGAUUUAGACAAAUAAGUAUUAACAACAACUCGAACGCACUGAAAAGAUGAACUAAAUCCCAUAUUUAUCAAAAAAAAAAAAAAAA